AUGGAUUUCGGUUUAGCGUUCCUGAAUUUAUGUCGGUCAAGAUCCGCCCCGCAGCGCCGCCAGAGAUGCUUGUCCCCAAUUCUUUCUCUCCGACUCUUUCUCAAUCCUCGCCAAUUUUCCAUAACAUCUUUGAACUCGGUGAAGUUGGCUUCACAAUCCACCAUGGACACCGCAAUUGAUCUCUCUGACGCCUCCAAGGCACUGGACCUGGCCAAUAUCCGCUUCCAACUAAUCCGCCUAGAAGACACAAUAACCUUCCACCUAAUCGAGCGCGUACAAUUCCCACUCAACAAAACAAUCUACCAAGCCAACGGCGUCAGAAUCCCCAACGAAACCAUCAGCCUAAUGGACUACCUCCUCCGCGAACAAGAACGUCUGCAAUCGCGUGUGCGCCGCUUCCAAUCCCCCGACGAGUACCCCUUUUUCCCCGACGCCCUCGAAGAACCGAUCCUGCAACCGCUCAACUACCCCAAGAUCCUGCACGACAACGACGUCAAUGUCAACGAGACGAUCAAGCAGCGGUACGUCGAGGAUAUCCUCCCCGCAAUCUGUCCGCGGUUCGGCGGGCGCGAGGACCGCGGCGAGACGCAGGAGAAUUAUGGGUCUGCGGCGACGUGCGACGUGAGUUGUUUGCAGGCGCUGUCGAGACGGAUUCAUUUCGGGAAGUUUGUCGCCGAGUCGAAGUUCCAGACGGAGACGGAGAAGUUUGUGAAGCUUAUCAAGGCAGGGGAUCGUGAGGGGAUUGACGAGGCCAUUACGAAUAAGAUGGUUGAGCAGAAGGUGCUUGAGCGGUUGGCGCUCAAGGCGAAGACGUAUGGGACGGAUCCUGGGUUUCCUGAUGAGUCGGGGCCGAAGAUUGACGUCCAUGCUGUCCAGGCUAUGUACAAGGAAUAUGUCAUCCCUCUGACCAAGGUCGUCGAGGUAGAAUAUCUGAUGCAGCGCUUGAAGGGCACGCAAUGGGAGUGA